GGGCAGGACGGGUCCUGGGGGGGGCGCAGGAAAAUCACCGCCGUGCUUCUCUUCCUCCAGCCCAGGCCGGCGCUUUGCACCCCCUUUUCUCGCCCCUGGCCCCCUGGGUCGACCCCCACUUGGGGCCCAGAGCUGGGAGCACGUGAAGCCGGCGCUCCUCAGCCUUUCCUCCUCCCCCUCCAGCUCUCUCCCUGGCACCCUCAGGCAGCCCUACACCGGGCUCAUGCCUGGGUCAGGCAGCCCCAGCGGGUAACGGGACAGCUGCUGAUCCCCUUUCCCUGGGAUGACUCCCCGCGGCCCUCGGUGUUCUAUAGAGCGAGAAGCAAAGCCCACUGGAAGGAGCACUGGGCUAGGACUCAGGAGUCUGCUCUGUAGCUCUGCCUGGGCACCGUGUGACCUUGGAAGAUGCCGCUAAUGGAGGAGUUUCUGAGAAGCACCUCGGGGGCAGUGGCUUUGAAAGGGACAUCAAACCCGAGACUACUUAAGGCCCUGGCCAUCGCAUCCUGAGGACUGUAGGAGAGGACACCAUGGCUGUGAGCUUAGAUGAUGACGUGCCUCUGAUCCUGACUUUGGAUGAGGGCAGCAGCACUCCCCUGGCUCCCUCCAAUGGACUGGCCCAAGAGGAACUGCCUAGCAAAAACGGAAGCAGCUAUGCCAUCGACGACUCCCGGGACCCCAGCCUGAGCUCUGGGGGUGAGAGUUUCCCCCCAAGCCCCACCAGACACAACUGGGAAAUGAAUUAUCAAGAAGCAGCCAUCUACCUCCAGGAAGGCGAGAAUAAUGACAAGUUCUUCACCCACCCCAAGGAUGCCAAAGCGCUGGCGGCCUACCUCUUUGUACAUAACCACCUCUUCUACCUAAUGGAGCUGUUGACUGCCCUGCUCCUGCUGCUGCUCUCCCUAUGUGAGGCCCCCGCCGUCCCCGCGCUCCGGCUUGGCAUCUAUGUCCAUGCAACCCUGGAACUGUUUGCCCUGAUGGUGGUCGUGUUUGAACUCUGCAUGAAGCUGCGGUGGCUGGGUCUCCACACCUUCAUCCGGCACAAGCGGACCAUGGUCAAGACUUCCGUGCUCGUGGUGCAGUUCAUCGAGGCCAUUGUGGUGUUGGUACGGCAGACGUCCCACGUGCGGGUGACCCGGGCCCUGCGCUGCAUUUUCCUGGUGGACUGUCGGUACUGCGGCGGCGUCCGGCGGAACCUGCGGCAGAUCUUCCAGUCACUGCCGCCCUUCAUGGACAUCCUGCUGCUGCUGCUCUUCUUCAUGACCAUCUUCGCCAUCCUCGGUUUCUACUUAUUCUCCCCCAAUCCUUCAGACCCUGGAUAUUUCCAGAGUCAGGUUUGGAACAUUUUGGUGGCAGAACAGUGGAGAAGAGCCGAGCUAAUUGCCCAAACCUGUGGUUCCCUGGAAGAAAAACCCAAAUACUUCAACACCCUGGAGAACAGCAUCAUUAGUCUGUUUGUCCUUCUGACUACGGCCAACUUCCCGGAUGUGAUGAUGCCGUCCUACUCGCGGAACCCCUGGUCCUGUGUCUUCUUCAUCGUGUACCUGUCCAUCGAGCUGUACUUCAUCAUGAACCUGCUUCUGGCCGUGGUGUUUGACACCUUCAAUGACAUCGAGAAGCACAAAUUCAAGUCUUUGUUGUUACAUAAGCGAACCGCCAUCCAGCAUGCGUACCGCCUGCUCAUCAGCCAGCGGAGGCCCGCUGGCAUCUCCUACAGGCAGUUUGAGGGCCUGAUGCGGUUCUACAAGCCCCGAAUGAAUGCUGGCGAGCGCUACCUUACUUUCAAGGCCCUGAACCAGAGCAACACGCCUCAGCUCAGCCUGAAGGACUUUUAUGAUAUCUACGAAGUUGCCGCCUUGAAGUGGAAGCUGGACAGGCAGGAAAGGAGCCCUGACACCGUCUCCCAUGGUCUCUUUCCUGGCCAGGCAAAGAAAAAUAGAGAGCACUGGUUUGAUGAGCUGCCCAGGACAGCGUUCCUCAUCUUCAAAGGAAUUAAUAUCCUUGUGAAGUCCAAGGCCUACCAGUAUUUCAUGUACUUGGUGGUGGCAGUCAAUGGGAUCUGGAUCCUGGUGGAAACAUUCAUGCUGAAAGGUGGGAACUUCUUUGCCAAACACGUGCCCUGGAGUUACCUCGUCUUUCUUACGAUCUAUGGAGUGGAGCUAUUCCUGAAAGUUGCCGGCUUGGGCCCCGUUGAGUAUCUGUCCUCGGGAUGGAACCUGUUUGACUUCUCGGUCACAGUGUUCGCCUUCCUGGGACUGCUGGCUCUGGCCUUCAACAUGGAGCCCUUCUAUUUCAUAGUAGUCCUGCGUCCCCUCCAGCUGCUGAGGUUGUUUAAACUGAAGAAACGUUACCGCAAUGUGCUGGACACCAUGUUCGAGCUGCUGCCACGGAUGGGCAGCCUGGGCCUCACCCUGCUCAUCUUCUACUACUCCUUCGCCAUCGUGGGCAUGGAAUUCUUCUGUGGGAUCCUCUACCCCAACUGCUGCAACUUGAGCACGGUCGCGGAUGCCUACCGCUGGGUCAACCACACCGUGGGCAACAAGACUAUGGUGGAGGAAGGCUACUACUAUCUCAAUAAUUUCGAUAACAUCCUUAACAGCUUUGUGACCUUGUUCGAGCUCACAGUUGUCAACAACUGGUACAUCAUCAUGGAAGGCGUCACCUCCCAGACCUCCCACUGGAGCCGUCUCUACUUCAUGACCUUUUAUAUCGUGACCAUGGUGGUGAUGACAAUCAUCGUCGCCUUCAUUCUCGAGGCCUUCGUCUUCCGAAUGAACUACAGCCGCAAGAACCAGGACUCAGAAGUGGACAGUGGCAUCACCCUGGAGAAGGAACUCUCCAAAGAAGAGCUGGUCACCAUCCUCGAGCUCUACCGGGAGGUGCGGGGAGCCGCCUCCGAUGUCACCCGGCUGCUCAAGACCCUCUCCCAGAUGGAGAGGCAUGAGCAAAAUUCUGUGGUGUUUCUGGGACGGAGAUCCAGGACCAAGAGCGAUCUGAGCCUAAAGAUGUAUCAAGAGGAGAUCCAGGAGUGGUACCAGGAGCACGCCCGGAGACAGGAGGAACAGCAGCGACAGCUCAGCGGCAGUGGUGGGGUCCCCAGCACCCAGCAGCCCCCAGGCAGCCGCCAGCGCUCCCAGACCAUCACCUAGCCCCAGCUUACAAGAGCCAUUUCUUCUAUGCAAUAACACAAUAGUACUAUUUUACUACGAUGUAUUGAAAUCCUGUGUGUAUAUGUAUAUAUAUGUGUAUAUGUAUAUAUAUACAUGCACAUAUUCAUAUAUACGCACAUAUUUAUUAUAUGUAGAAGGACAAAUACAAGACGGGGCUUGGUUCGUAA